AUGGCCAAGACAUAUGAUGCUGCCGAUGUUGCCAAGCAUAACACGUCCGACAGUUGCUGGGUUGUCCUCUACGGAAAUGUAUACGACGUGACCGACUUCCUGCCCGAACACCCGGGAGGUGAAAGGGCCAUCCUCAGCCUGGCGGGCAAGGACGCCACGGAGGAAUACGACCCGAUUCACCCGCCAGGAGCACUCGAGGACAACCUCAAGGCCGACGCUUUGCUCGGCCACGUCGAUCCGGAUACACUGCCCAAGGGGGGGGAGGAGGGGCUGGAGGCAUCCAGCAGCUCGGCCGCUUCUUCUGGUGCCAACGGCGCUGGGGGCGGUGCCGGCAGCAGUAGCGACGGUGGCAGUGGUAGCGGUGGUGGUGGGGAUGACGGCGAUAACAAGCCCAAGUCGAAACCCCUACUGCCCCUCCAGGCAUUGCUCAACUUGGACGACAUCGAGGAGGAGGCGACGAAGCGCAUCUCCAAGAGGGCGUGGGCGUACUACUUCUCCGCGGGCGACGACCUGAUCUCCAAGAGGUUCAACAACGCGGUGUACAAGGACAUACUGCUGCGGCCGCGCGUCUUCGUCGACUGCACAGAGUGCAAUCUGUCGACGACUCUGCUGGGCCACCGGGUGGGCCUGCCGCUGUACGUCUCGCCGGCGGCCAUGGCGCGGCUGGCGCACCCGGACGGCGAACACGGCAUCGCCAAGGCGGCGGCGCGCUUCGGCGCCAUGCAGAUCGUGUCCAACAGCGCGUCCAUGACACCGGAGCAGAUCGCCGAGGGCGCCGCGCCGGGUCAGAUCUUCGGAUGGCAGCUAUACGUGCAAAUGCAGCGGGCCAAGAGCGAGGCAAUGCUGCGGCGCAUCAACGCCAUGAGCGACCGGUUCAAGUUCAUCUGCCUGACGCUCGACGCGCCCGUGCCGGGGAAGCGCGAGCAUGACGAGCGCACCAACAUCGACGCCACCUUCACGGUCGAGUCGGCGAGCGAGGAGAAGCCGGACGGCGAGAAGAGGCCCGGCAGCAGCGGCGUGGGGCGCCAGCUCUUCUUCGGCACCGCCACAGACCUCACCUGGAAGACCACGCUUCCCUGGCUGGCCGAGCACACGCACCUGCCCAUCGUCCUCAAGGGCAUCCAGACCCACGAGGAUGUGUACCUCGCCGCAAAGUACGCGCCGCAGGUCAAGGCCGUCAUCCUGUCCAACCACGGCGGCAGGGCGCUGGACACCGCCCCCCCCGCCGUCCACACACUGCUCGAGAUCAGGAAGUACUGCCCCGAGGUGUUCGGCAAGAUUGAGAUCUGGGUCGACGGAGGCAUCAAGCGUGGCACCGACGUCGUCAAGGCGCUCUGUCUGGGUGCCAACGCCGUGGGUAUCGGUCGCGGACCCCUCUUUGGUCUCGGCGCUGGUGGCCAAGCUGGUGUCGAGAGGGUUCUUGAAAUCCUCGAGGCCGAGACGGCUACAUGUAUGCGUUUGCUCGGAGCCAAGAGCGUUUCUGAUCUAGGUCCCCAUUUUAUCAACUCACGUCGCGUCGAGAGGGACAUUUACGAUGGCGAGCCGGGUCUGGACAAGGGACUGCUAUGGACUAAAUCGAAACUAUGA